AAUCCGUCCAAUAAUCUUUUCCCUUCGGUCGUACAUAUGUGAACAAACGAAGUAGCCCCUUCUGUAGAACUGCGUUUCUCCGUGCUGCUGCAAUAGCUCGAAAUUGUCUGCGCGACAGCUGAGAAUUCUCGCUUGUGGAGAAGGCUAACGACGCCUUAAAGGGCUGAUAGGGAGGUAAAGAACCAAAAUGCAGCAGAGGAGGUCUUUGACGGGACGUCCAAGUGGAACGGACGGUUCGGAUUUCUCCUUCCGUAUGAUUGUCGACUCGCGUAAGCUCCUGUCCAUCCAUAUUUGCUGUCUGCUUUUCAUUUGGUUAUUGUCUUGCCUAUCAUUUGGAUAUCAAAAAGUAGCCCGAGGGAGGUCUCAGUUACAAACAUUGAUCUCAAUUCAGGCUGUUAUCCAAUUAAUUAGGGCGGUGUGUCUAGUUCUAUCGAUUUUGAAGGGGAAUGUCCCCAAUCCACUCGCUGUAUCAUCUCUCGCUACAACCUUUCUAUCAAUAAUUGUUGGAGAAUUAGGUAGAAGACGAAGUCGAGUAAAUUUCUUGAGAUUUUACAUAUUUGCAGCAGCUGCAGUGAUACUUUUAUCUAUCGCCUGUCUUGGCAAGGGAGAUUUAAAAUUGGAGGACAUCCUUAAUGUCCACCUCGAAAUAAAGAAGUUUGAAUUUCUUGAAGCUGCAAGUGUUGUUCUUGGCCUACUGGUCCAGAUAUUUGCUGUCAAAACGACUGUUUCGCUCAUUAGCAACAUGUCUCCACCCAAGAGAACUUCAUAAGGGUGUGAUGUCAACUUGCUAUCAAUUUGGGUUAAACAGGCGAGUUCUGCUUUCCUUGUGUGUGCCAUACGUCUAUGAGUAUGGCUCAUCCGGCAUUACAAACAGCAAGAAGCUAGCACUUUGCUUUGCAAGUAAGCUGCACAAUGGACUUGUUGGUGCUCGUAAUUUGAAGAUAUUGGUUUACUGUGCUUGACUCUUGGUAUCAAUUUGGUGACCUUCAGCUGUCAAUUAGAGAAGUUAGUUUUCUUUGAAGCAAUUUUGGCAGUCACUGGACAUAAAUCCAUAUGGAGGAAACAAGUUUUAAUACUACUUGACAAUUAUGAAAACGGGCUUGUAGAAAAAACAACCGAAACCGACUCUUGACUACAUGAUUUUGAAGUACGAGGCACCCUCGUUAGAGAUGGGACUAUGAAACUGGGUAGUUGCUGAAUUCAUAUGCACCAUUAAAUGUCAAGUGUUCCAGCAUUUUAUUUUGCCAAGUUUAUCUAUGUUUGGAUUCUUUCUGUUUGAGUGAUGGAAAUUUGGGCCAGUAGCUUA